CUUACUACUCAUUUACGCUUACAAGUGCAGCUAAUGAAUAAAAUAAAUAUAACAUUGAAUUAGUGUAAAGAGUUGCAAUUUUAUAAAUUUUGUUAAUUCAUAUUUCGUGUUGAGUGUCUGGGCUUUUAAGCUCGAUAUAAAAAGUUAAUUAUAAUUUUAGUAUGUGAGAUUACAGUCAAUUAAUUACGUGAGUUAACUUAAUGUAAUUUGCACAUUCUCAUGCUAUAAAGACUCUGGAUAAGCUGAAUUACUGAUUUCUGUACUGGUUACAAAGCUGCGUUGAGCCUGUGAAGAACAACUAUGAAGCGGAACGCGAACAACAAUACAAAAAAUAAAACUGUUGUGGGAAUAAAAAUCUACAUAUUGAUCGCAAUCGGAUUUAUACUAAUUGUAAUACCAACAAUAUCGGUUUUGGUGGAUACCCAACUUGCCCUCAUAAAAUACAAUACAAGGAUCGAAAAAGGAUCAGAAAUUUACCAAUUACUACAACAGGAAAUUCCAGGAGCCUUUAUCCACGUAUAUGUCUUUAACGUGACGAAUGCUGAGGCAUUCACCUCGGGUGAAGAUCACAAGCUGAAGGUCCAGGAAGUCGGACCUUUUAUUUACCGGGAGUAUCGAAGAAAUGAACAGUUUGAAUUGGACGAGGAGAAGGGUGUUAUGCGGUACACACCACAUUUAUGGACGAAAUUCAUCCCAGAAGGCUCUGUCGCAGACCCUCAUUCGAUCAAUGUCACCGUACCGAAUACUGCAUUACUGGCUAUGGCAUCAAUGAUCUCCGACUACCCUCUUUUAAAGGGCUCCUACAACAUGCUAGUUAACUAUGUCGGAUCCAAAGCAUUAGUCAAUCUGGAUGUUCACAGCCAUCUGUGGGGUUAUGAGGAGCCUCUGAUCAGAUUAGGCCACACCUUUCUGCCUGGCUGGAUCACGUUCAGCAAAAUUGGUAUUUUAGAUCGGCUGUACGAUCAAUCAACAGUACCACACAUGGAGCUUUCAAUAAAAAGUGAGGACAAAUUCAGAAUAAAUACACUAAACGGCGCGCGAGGUUUAAACGUGCGGGAAUAUGAAAACCCCAGUAAACGUUCACGUUGCAAUACUCUAGAAGAUACAUUCGAAGGAAUCGCGUACCCACCGGGUUUGACAACCAAAACUCAACUCCGAAUAUAUCGAAAUGUCUUCUGUCAGAUGCUAAAUCUGGAUCUAGUUGGCACCAGGACAAUGGAAUACGGUUCAGAAGCCUUUGUGUAUAAGCUCAGUAACGACACGUUCAGGAUAGGACCGCGCAAUGAGUGUUUGUGCGGUGAAAAGGAGUGUAAAAAUGGCGUGUCAGAUAUAUCUCCAUGUCUAUACAAUCUUCCAAUGGCUCUGUCGCAAGCCCACUUCUUUAAUGCUGAUCCCACACUAUACGAACGCAUUGAUGGGAUACACCCUAAUGAAGAAGAACAUGGCAGUGAGAUUGUGGUAGACACUAAAAUCGGCGCAGUUCUCAAGACAUUCUUAACCGUUCAGGUCAGCGUGGACAUACAUGACGUACGAUUCAACAGGGCAGCUAAACCGUUCUCGAAUAUGCUCUUGCCCAUCGCUUAUUUCAAAAUUAUUCAAGCUGAUAUACCAGAAGAGGAUAAAGAGAAAUUAAAAGUGUUUUACUUUAGAGUCUUUUACGUCAUCCGAGCUGUGCAAAUAUUCUUUUUCUUUUUAGGUUUAGUAUGUUUGGUGUGUGCUGCAAAGAAAAUCUAUUGGAGUGUGGUUUGUUCAAAAAGUAUCGGUUAUCAGAUCUCUAGGAAACAUAAUACACUGAGUAUUAUACAAAAUAUAGAAGAACCUCUUAUGGAUGGGAGUGGCUUGGUACAGAAACGAGUUUCGGAGUCUGAAAAUGAUUAGUUGGCCGAAAAUCUGUAGUCAAAAUAUAAAAUAAGUACGGUAUUUUUAAUAUAGUCGACUUAAAAGUUUUGAGGAAUGUAAUCUAAGUCUAAUUGAGCAUAAUACAUAACAAACAAAAAUGAUGUAGAGAAAAUUACGUAUUUCGUGAGUUUCGAAUCUUAAAUAUUUAAGCAACCAACUUAGGUUAACGUUACAGACCUCAAACUAUUUGUUUAUAAGAUCUUCUCCAAAUUGUAAAUACUAUAAGAAAAUUUUCUGAACCCCCAAAGUAGAGUUAAACAGGUAAUGGCUUUAAUACGUUUAAUAUUUAUUUUACUAAGAUUUUUAAGAAUCAGCAGGGUAAAUGACAUUAAAUGAAUAUGAGAAUA